AUGAGCAUCUCUACCGUCAACGACAACAGCAAUACGUGGGAAUACGAAGAAGUGUACCACCCACCUUUCUUGCCGCUCUUAGCAUUAUUCCCACCUCUGGCCCCAUUCUUCUGGGAUUAUCAUGUCUUGGUAAACCAGGAUUCCUUGCAGGUCGGAUACUCGGUGGGUUUCCAUCGUUCGAUCGAUCGAAAGUUCAUCCAAAAAGCAGAGAAACUUGACUACAUUAAUGGCCUCACGCAAUGGGGGGGCUGGGGCUAUCGAACGAGUUUGGAUAUGAAUUUUGAGACUGGUUAUAUAGCCACAAAUGGCCCUGGUAUUGGUCUCAGCUACAAGGACACUGAAGAGGGCAAAGACAAGGUGAUCACUUUUAAUUGUGCCGAAGCUGACGUUGUUUGUCGAAUGUUGAACACACCCGUCAUUAAUGCAGUGGUACACUGA